CUCGGCUCGCUGCCGGCCCCCCCCCCCCCCUCCGCGCGUCCCCGCACCGUCCCCGCCCCAGGCUCGGCCCUGGCCCACGGCGCGCGGCUUUCGGAAGCGAGGAGAGGAGCGCGGUUCAGGCUUCCGACUGGGAUUGGAGCCCGGGGAGCCCUGAGUUUUGGGAAGGAAGGAAGAGGACGAGAGGGAGGCGCCCCACGCUCUCGGCCCGCGGCGCGGCCACCUCCCAGAUUCCUCGCGGGCGAGUGGUCCUCCAGUGCACCCCUCCCCGCGGACUCCCUGGGCCGAGGGACAGCCGGCAGGAGCGCGCUCUGCGACCCUCCGAGGGCAUCCUGGUCAGGACCUGUGGGCUAACUACGGCUGGAGGGAGGCUGCUCACUCCAGUGUCCACGAAAGCUGAGCGCGAGUUCAUCCAGGAGUUCCCGCGGCCCCGCUGGGGUGGGAGGGAGGUGAAACGGGCCCCCGACUUCAGAAAGCCGCCUCCCACUUGCCACCGGGAUAUUCGGAAACCCCGCCCUCGAGCCCUGGCCCCGCGCCGCUAGCCUCCAGGUGUUCCGCGGCCGCGCCUCCCCCCACCCCCCACCCCCCGUCCCUCCCCGUCACCCGCAGGUUCAAUCCCGGGGCGGCCAGGCCGGGAGCCGGCCCCUGGCCGCAUCCCCCUCCCACUCCGCCCAGGCGGCCGCCGCUAAAACCCCGAGGCUCCCACGUGGAACUCCUUCUUCUCUGAGCCCGAGGUGGGCGCACGCUGUCAAGGACCCCAAGGUGUUAAGUCUCCAGAAGAGUGUUGAACCGGGAGUUCGCAACCCGGAUAGGUCCCGAGGACCGGCUGCUUCAUGGAGCCCCAGGGGGCGCAGCAGCUAACUUUGGAGGCGCCGGGGCCCGAGCCCUUUGGAGAACCCCCACCAGCCCAGGAGCUGCCCGCCGCGGGGGUCCUCUGCCUGGAGGGUGGCAGGGACGGCGGCAGCGUAGCGGAGUCGGGGAGCCCCGACGCCGAGCCCUUGUCCCCCGAGGAGGAGGCUGUCCUCCGAGAGCAGGAGGAGCUGCUGGCGUGCCGCCGCCGCCGCCGCGCGCGGUCCUUCUCGCUGCCCGCCGACCCGAUCUUGCAGGCGGCCAAGCUCCUGCAGCAGCGCCAGCAGCUUGGCCUGGGGCUGGACGCGGAGGGCGGCGAGAGGGCCGAGGACACGCCGCACAGUCCGGGUGGCUGCUGCGCCAAGUGCAAGAAGCGAGUGCAGUUCGCGGACGCGCUGGGGCUGAGCCUGGCCAGCAUUAAGCACUUCAGCGAGGCCGAGGAGCCGCGGGUGCCGCCGGCCGUGCUCUCCCGCCUCCGCAGCUUCCCCAUGAGCGCCGAGGACCUGCAGCAGCUCCCGGGCCUGCUGGCGGCGGCCAGCGCGCCCCUCGCGGCGCCGCCUCCACGGCUCCGUCCUCUCUUCGAGCUGCCCGGGCCGAGCGCGGCGGCCGAGCGCCUGCGGCGGCAGCGCGUGUGCCUGGAGCGCGUGCACUGCUCGGCGCCCGGGGGCGCGGAGGUGACAGGCUCUGGACGGGUGCUGGGCUGCCCCGGGCCGAGGGCCGUGGCCGUGCGCUACACUUUCACUGAUUGGCGCUCCUUCCUGGACGUGCCUGCCGAACUGCAGCCUGAGCCCGUGGAGCUACAGCGGCAGGAGACGCCGUCGGGGGAACCUGGGCCCGGGGGCGCCGAGGAGGAGCAGAGCGCCGAGCGCUUCCACUUCUCCCUGUGCCUGCCCCCGGGUCUGCAGCCCAAGGAGGGGGAGGACAUAAGCGCGCCAGACAUCGCCGUCCACUUUGCAGUCUGCUACCGCUGCGCCCAAGGCGAGUACUGGGACAACAACGCGGGGGCCAACUACACGCUGCGCUACGCGCGCCCCUCGCACUCUCCCUGACCGGCCCGCCGGCCCCCGGCCCCGCGGCGCCAGAACCCCCGGAGGGACCGUGGGACUGGGGCCGCGCCGGGUAACUUGCCCCGACGCUUUGCUGAGCGUCGUCCACCUGGAGUGUGGGGAGCGCGGAGGGAAAGGAGGGAGCCACUCAGUGGUGAAGUCGCACCAGACAGAUCCUGUGGCCAAGCACGGUGAGCCCGGGCAAAGAAAGCACCGGCCGGUUUCCCCGUCGCUCAGGCCUUCCUAGCGGAUCUCUCGGAUUCUACCCCAGCCUCAGAAUGGAAGGAAACACUCAAGACAAUGACCAGUAGUUUUCUCCACGAAAAAAUGCUCCUGACAACUGAGCAAGGCUGCAAGACCUUUGGAUGUGCUUUUAACUGUAGACAUCGUGUUUUAGCCUUUGCAGCUUGUUGGAGACCCCUGUUUCAGGGAGAGGACGAAGCAUCCCGCCCGCCACAUUGCCCCUAAGGAAGGCACUGGAACUGUGGGUGCAGGAUGGCGCCCGGAGGGGGGGGGGGGGCGGGUUGGGGCGUUUCUCAGAGAAAACCGGGUGGGUCCUUGGACCGCUGUCCUUUUAACCGGACUCGGGAGAAGUUGGCCCAGACUUGCCGUUAUUUACUUGUGCCUUUGUAUAAAUAUGUCCUUCAAGAAAGUAAAGGCCUCUUGCACACCCUUUAUGCUGCACUUUGUAUUUCAGCUCCUGGGGAUUUGAGAGGUCUUGACAGACAAGCUAGCUUCUUCAGCUAAUCCAUUAGUUUAACAGUAGUUAAGCAACGUUAAUUCUAAAUUUCCUUUCUUCCAUCCCGCCUGCCUGCUGUAAAGGUCCAAAUUUCCCAUACUGGGGGAAAAAAUGUUCUUCCAAAUGUUUUGUGGCAGGAAUUUGAUCACAGGAAAAUAUAAACAUGGUCUAAUAAGUUUGGUCUAAAUUCUAAAGAGCUGCCAAUUAUGUGACAAUUUCCCGAUCUUCUCUGCUGAACUUCCUUGUGAUGAAAAUAACCCUUACCAAUGGGUGUUUUAAACACUGAAACAUUUUUCUGUCCCCCGCCAAAAUAAGAAGGUGGUGAAUUAAAACACUAGAGUAGUAAUCUGGUGGACCUUGGCUAUGAGGGGCGGGGUGGGGGGGGGAGGGGGAGCUGGCCCCUUGUCUCCAACCUCCUUUGUGGAGGCAGAGCACAUACCAGCUGCUAGCAUCCUGGGGCCAGCAGCAGACAGGGAAGCUAGAUUCCAAGUGCAGAACGGGGGGGGGGGGGGGGGGGGGGGGUGAAAACGUGGCUUUCUGUCCCACUCAGAGCCACAGCAGGUAGUGGUGACUUGAUAGAUGAUGAAAGUUGCCCAGCAAAAAAAAGCUGUUCAGAACUAGAUGAGUACCCUGCACAGGACAGGACUGUGGGCACAGGGUCUGGCCACUGAUGGCUGUGGAUGCCAAGAUGAGGUAGCCAUGCAUGAGCAGGGCGGGGCGAGGGGGCAUCCUGAAUGAGGACUUGGUUCCUUCACACCUUGGUCAUCCUUUAGUAAUUUGUCUUUCCCUAGCUUUCAUAUUUUCCUGCACAGGACUAGUAUAAUGAUUUUUUUUGUAAUGCUCAUCUUUGAAGAGUGAAGGGUGGUUUCACUACUGAAUAAGGGUAGGCAUAUGCAUCCCGUGGCCACAUUCAGCCUGGUGCCUGUUCUGUGUUCUGAUAGGGCCUGAGAGCUAAGAAUGAUUUUUAUAUUUUUAAACAGUUGAAAAAUUCAAAAGAAUACUAUUUUGUGAGACAUGAGAAUUAUAUGAGAUUCAAAUUUCAGUGUCCAUAAACAAGAUUUUAUUGGAACACAGCCAUGGACAUUCAUUUACAGGCAUCUAUGAUUGCUUUUCUGCUACAAGAGCAGAGCUGAGGAGAUGCAACAGAAACCAUAUGGCAAAUUCUAAAAUAUUUACUAUCGACCUUUAUAGAAUGUUGAGCAAGCCCUGCUCUAGAGAAGCAGUAUUUUUUAAAUAUAUGUUUUUUAAAAAUAUAUAUGUUGUUUUUUAAAAAUUGCUUUUUAGAGAGAGAGGAAGGGAGAGGGAUACAGAGAUAGAAACAUCAACAAUGGAUCAGCUGCAUCCUACACACCCCCCUACUGGGGAUCGAGCCCACAACCCCUGGCAUAUAUGCUGAUCAGGAAUGGAGCCCUAAGCUCCUGGUCCAUAGGUCAGUGCUCAACCAUUGAGCCACACCAGCCGGGCCAGAAGCAGUAUUUUUUAAACAUUAUAUGUUGACAGUUAUACCUAAUAAAGACGUUAAGUUUUUAAUAAAAUUUGCCACAUGAACUAUACCUCCUUUGAGUAAAGGUUGAACUGUUUACAUUACUCUUGGUUAGAAUAAACACUGCAUUACCAAUUUACAAUUAUUACUGUACCGGGGAGGGGAAUCAACCUGUUGCCUUCUUUCAUCUGUUAAGCUAAUAAUAAAAAGGUGCUUUUCGAA